AUGGUCAAUUCAAGCCAGAUUCCAUAUUUCAUACUGACUGCCUACCUGGACAUGGGCUAUCUGAAGUACUUAUAUUUUGUGAUUGUUUUGAUGUUGUACAUUGUGAUUGUGGUUGCGAAUGCUUUGCUCAGUAACUAUUUGUAUGAGCCUAUGUAUGUGUUUCUGUGUAGCCUGUUGGUUAAUGAACUGUAUGGUAGUGCUGGUCUAUUUCCAUUCCUCCUGCUGCAGAUCACCUCAGACACUCACACCAUAUCUAGAUCCAUAUGUUUCCUUCAGAUCUACUGCUUGUACACCUAUGCCACUGUGGAGUUUAGUAACCUGGCUGUGAUGUCCUAUGAUAGGUACCUUGCUAUCUGCUGUCCUCUGCAUUAUAAGGCUCGGCUGACCUCUAACAAGGUGGCUCUGCUCAUCGUUCUCGUAUGGCUGUACUCUCUUAUCAAGUUCCUAGUUUCUACUUUUCUGACUUUCCGUUUAAAACUCUGUGGGAACGUCAUAGACCGACUAUACUGUCAGAUCUACUAUGUGACCAAACUCGCGUGUUCUGACACCACAGUAAACAAUGUCUGGGGUCUUUUUGCAUCAUUUGUGACCAUUGGGGUUCCAUUGAUCCCCAUCCUGUUCUCCUACACCAAGAUCCUCAGGGUUUGUGUCGUUGGUUCUAAAGAGACCAGACAGAAAGCAGUCAGUACCUGCACCCCCCACAUCGCCUCCUUACUAUCUGUUCCCAGGAUAUUGCGUAUUGUUUUAUCGCUGUACUUUGUAACAAUCCAAGGACUCUUUAACCCUAUAAUUUAUGGACUGAGGUUAUCUAAAAUAAGACAGAUUUGUAGAAAUCAGUUUUUCCAUAAGAAGAUAUAG